UCGAAAGAUUUUGUGGGAACGAUUUACAGGAUUUAUGUAUAUUAGUCGGGUUGUUCAUAGUGAUUUCAGCUUAUGAAAAUUUCUGCGUUAUAGUGUUUGGUCGACUCUACUGUUCACUAAACUUCGAGAGGUUAGUAAGAAAAUCCCUGUUGUAUAUGAAAUGUUAUUUAGCGUUGUACUAGCUAUAGAACAUUCACUGCAUGAACUGAAGAUAAAAAAAUAGUUUUGGCCCAACAAAUAGAGCUCAUCCAAAGCAAAAUUUUGCCCCCUUUGAUUUGUAUUUGAAGGACACAGGAAUACAAACAGUUUAUUUCAUUGUCGAAAGUCAGCAAGUAUGAAGUAUGAAGCAGUAUACUCUAACGGAGAAGUUGUUAAUAUCUCGAUUUUUCGCAGCUCUCGAUCGAUUCUUCGAUCAAAACCUCGUUUCCCUCUAAUCAGUCCGACACUGAGUAUACCCCUGUUUUCUCGAGCUAUCCGAUGUUUCAACUGAACCAAAUCUUGUUUCCCUUGGAGGUGUAUGUGAAAAUUGGAAUUUCCACAGUACUUUCAGUUUCGAUCGCGUGACACGAUUUGGUUGUCAAAUUAUGCAAAUAAGACUAUGGGUAUCUUCAGGAUUUUAAACCUCUAUAUGCCAAGUAUACCCAAAAGUUUCGUUUAUGUAUUUAUCUAUCUGAAUCGGCGUCACAUGCAGUACAUAAGAUCAAAUACGCCAGCAGUUUUCUUGGAAACAGGGGCUUUCCCUUUGUGAUCUUAACAAUUAUUCCGGCGUCACGCGAUUAGUCUGAAUAUUACUGUUACUUUCAAAGUCUUCAAGGUAAAACAGACUUACUCAAAUUCAGGACAAUCAGGAGCCCAACAGCUUUAAUAUGGUGCGGUUUCCUUGCAACCAAUGAUGUGUAUAGUUCAGUUUUCGUCUUUUCAAGGCAUUGGCUGUGUCUGCCCAUACUUAAAAUAUACACCUUUACUACAACUUUCACUAAUUCAAUCGACACUAAUGCUAUUCUCUGAUUGGCUUCGCUGCUCGCUACCUGUUCUGCUGUAGAUAGAGUAGUCUAGCAGUCUGCUAUUGUUAACAAAAUGGCGGCCCCUUCUUUGGGUCAUGUAAAAGUGUCUGUGUAACGGAUUUACAUAAAGUUCUGAACGGCUAUUGAUAUAAACUAAAUCAGUAUAGGUAAUCAAAUGAUUUCGAGUGCAAUUUGGAAUAAAUAAGCACGAGUAAAUUUUUCAAAGAUUACAAAAAAUUGCACGAGCCCGUAGGGCGAGUGCAAUUUGUAGUCUUUGAAAAAUUUAUGAGUGCUUAUUUAUUCCAAAUUGCACGAGAAAAAUCAUUUGAUUACUUGUUAAUAAGAUACAUGCAAAAAUUUGAGUCUGAUUCUUCUUUGAUCGUGUUUAUUUCGUGUCACGGCUCACUGGUCCCGCCUACAUUAACAUUAUUGGUCGAAAAAUGACAGCCUUGAUUGACAUGCUAAAACUUGUAAAAAAGUACAGACCAAAAAUAUCGUUCAAUCGACAAAGAUCAUAUUCUGGAAACCUCUAUCAUUCUUAAGCGUUUUCAAUUUAAGAACGUCAUAAAAAGGAGGACUGAAAGACGUUGAUAAUGUUUGCAGUCAAUUCUAAUUGAGAUUAACAAGUUCAACAAGUUAAGUUUUUCCGAAAACUGAACUGAUCAUGAUCAGUUAAGGCGAAAUACUGUCGUCGCCAUGAAGCCGCGGUGCAGCUGACUGUGGUUUUUCACUGAGGAGCUGACUGUGGCUUUUCAGGAGCUGCUGUGCUUCCGAUGUUGAAAGUGACUUGACACUGGUGGAAAUGGUUCAUGUUCAUAAAAGACUGACGCUGAUCAUUCUGGCCAGAGAUGUAACUUGGAAUCUGAACGGCAAAACCUGCUGGGUUGAAGUUGUUGCCGCGAGCGUCGAGCGAGGACGGGUUGAAAGUAGUGCUGGAGCUGUUGGCGCUAGUAUGAACCGAAGUGGAGCUGUGUCCUCGAGCUAACUGCCAUUGCUGAUGGUGUGGGAAAGCAGUCGCUGCUCAUUUUCAUCUCCUUCGUCAUAGUCGUCCAGUGACUUCUCGUUUCGGUGCCCUGUUACUUUUACGAUUGAACUUCGCUCUAGGCCUGCUGGUUUCAGCUUCUUUACUACUGUUUUCCUGGCGCUGUGGUUGGAAAAGGUUUUCCAUGAAUCUUCCAGUGUCGUGUCUUUGAUUACGGUCUUCAUCAUGUCAUUGAGCUUGUUCACUCCCAUCGGCUGUCGCUUGUACCAAACUUGCGAGGAAGGAUUUGACACACAAGACAGAUAGAGUGGACCGGUUGUACGUAUUUCUGGAGGACGACGCGACAGAAACUCUUUGAAGAUUGUAACUGGACAUCUGUCACCUCCAGUAGCAAAAAUUUUUGGAAGGAAGCUUCUGGGCUUUGCGGAUAGUCCUGACUGGCGUGUUUUGGUCGGGCUUUCGAUGAAUUCCACGUAUUCCGUGUUGUUUUCAUCCAGUCCAAAGGAGAAAUCCUCGACCGUCAUGCUGUGGUGUUCCUGGCGACCUCGAAGGCCAAAAUACUGGGUCAGGAGCUACCAAACUGUUUGGACAAGAAUUUGCGGACUUUCCUUUCCCAGCUUCCUUUUCUCCCACAGCUCAUUUUCCUCGGUUGAUGUCAGACUUCGUGCCUUGUUCGGCCGCUUGCCUUUGCCUUGUUGUCGAAGUAGCCUGGCUUUUCCCUCAAGAACUUGCUUUGAACUUUUAAAUUCUCUGUCACGAAUGAUGGAAUAUUUGUAUUCUUUCUCUGUGAGGUAUCGGUCGAUAGCAGCAACCAUCACACGAAGGCUAUCAGGUUCGUAAUCGCCGCCGUCCUUCUUACGAACUGUUGCGUAAAACUGCUCGAGGAUUUUGUUCAGGGACUCCGGUUCGUACUUUUCAAUGCUUUGGUCUUAACCCUUUUGAUCAGCCCAAGACUUCCAGACUUUUAUCCAGUUAUUGGUGCUUUGUAAGGUGUUUUUGUUCGUAGCAUUCUCCUUCAAACUCUGUAUUAAAAUAUCGUCACUUUCCCCUGAGCUGACUGCCAUUUUGUUUUGUUGAGCUUUCGCGACUUUCCUGUCAAUCAAAUUAAUUACAACUUUUUGCACUCAAUUACAACAUUUUGCACUCAAUUACAACUUUUUGCACUCAAUUACAACUUUCUGCACUGUUUGGGAUUAAUUGACGUGCUCUCAGCCAAUCAACAUGGUGAAAUUUUUGCAUGUAUAUUAUUAAUUACAUUAUCUGCUUUCCGGUAAUUUUUUUUUCGCAAAGUCAACUAUCACGCAAUGAAAUAUCUUGGAAAUGUAGUUACAGUGUAAAAGCACGGGUCGAUACUCGAAACUUGAAAGUACUUUGUUGUCGUAAAAUCCGGGGGUUCCCCUUAUGAAUAUUUUCUUUUCUACAAACACUACUUGCGUGGAGUUUAAGUAUUAUCUUCCAACAUCUCACAAAGAAAGAGGAAUACCGUAUUUACUCAAUUAAACGCCCGCGGCGUUUAUUGAAAUUUUUUUUGAUUCGAGUGAGGCGUUUUAUUCGAGGGCGGCGUUCAUUUAAAAUCCAAUUUCUUGCAAACUGUGAUAUGGUAAGCGCAGGGGCAAGAGUAUUGAAAGAGCAUUGAAGCAUACUAACUUCAAACUGAGAAACAUUGUUAUCAGUGAAAGCAAAUUUCCAAACCUUGUUUAAGCCGCACUACCGUAUAUUAUUCUCGUGUUUUUAUUAUAUUCCUUUAAGCAUCGAAUAUACUGUUUUUAAAACAUUGUUACAAUACAAGGAAAAUAAUUUUUUUAGGCUUGCUUAAACUUGAUUAUUACUGCUUUUGCUUUUUGAGUUUUUUGAGUCAAUGGAGUAAAUACGGUACGUUUGAUAUAGAGACUGCAUGAAAUCUCAAGGAAAUGUCGGGGUUGCAUAAAUCCACCUAAUUCUUUCACGUGAAGUUUGGCCGAAUUCUAGCUAAGUACUACGAAAGCCAACGAUAUGAAAGUGAAAGAUUGCAGUGCCUCCCAAGUCCCCAGUCGCCAUCACGUUUCGUUGCUUACUGGCCGUGGUGCUUGAUGGUCAGGAGGCAACAGGUCCAAAGCUCCACGUGCAGAGCACCGCGCGUAGACCAAAGAGAGUUCCCCGGGGUCAAGACGGUUUGCGUUUUUUAUAUAAUGGACAAAGGACACAGAACAGUUCUACCCAAGAGUAGGUGUUCUAUGUUAAUUUAAAACUGUGAGCCACACUCGGGAGCCCUGUGACAAAAAAGAAAAAUUGAGAGAAAUUAGACCGGCCGCAGACACUAACUGACACCAAAGCUCCGUCGCGCCUUACUCAAUUGAUACUCGUGGUAAAUACCUGUUGUUGAACUAGCCCAGCCACUUCCUCACAUUGAAGUUUUGUUUUCAAUUACUAGAGGCCUUGAAAACGAUCAGUAACCUCAAAUACUGAAAAUUCCCAACAUCCAUGGCGAGUCCAAUCAAGGUUCCGAGUGAAAAUGACGUCAUACCACUUGCUGAAGAAACAUUGGAUUUUGAUAACGACAAUUUGCGAGGUGAGCAGAAUCGCUACUACUUCUUUUUAGAAGGGCAUAUUUCAGUGAUUUUAGACUAUUUAAAGACUGUUGAAACUAGUAAUAGCAUUACUAAUGAAAAAAAAACCCGAUCUUAGCAUUUUGUAGCCACUUUUUAAGCUAUUGCAAUUUACAGAGAUCUCGUUCCAUUUUCAUUUUAGCAAUAGCUGAGGUUUACAAGAAUCAAGGAAAUGAAGAAUACGGAAAAAGAGAUUUUGCGAAUGCCAUUCACUUUUACACGGAGGGAAUCAAAGUGAACUGCAAGGAUAAAGAAUUGAACGCCAAGCUGUACAGUAACAGAGCGAUUGCUAAUUUUUAUUUAGGUAAGAAUGUUUAAAUUUCUUUUGCCAUGUUAGAAACGAGCAUGCAUAGCAUUUUGAUUACAAAGAGAAGAAACCUUGAAAAGCCGCGUAAACAUUUAUACACAAAUACAACUAUGAAAAGUUAAAAACGCCACUGAACCGUUUGAGCUACAUCCCUCAGAUUUAUUUGGUCAAAGCAAUACUGCAGUAGCUAUCUUGCUAUAUAUUCACAAAUUGUUCAGAAUUUAAAUUUUUUAAGAAAAGUAUUUGCUAUAAGAUUCUCAGGCAAACACAGUUGAAGUAGACUGGUAGUCAUAGCAUUCCAUUAUCAAUAAACCACGGAAUAGAUCUGAAAGAUUCUAAUAUUCGUUAAAAUCAUACUGAUGUCCCUUGAACGUUCUGUCACAGUGUUCUGGACAUUUCCAGUAGUGGAGCGUGCCUCACUAAAGAUAGAUAGACUGCGACUCAUGCUGUUACUGGCGUUUUGGCUUGUUCUGUCUCUUUAAUCCUCAAAAAGCCUGAACGAAUGUCAAUGGCAAAUCAGUUGCUGCGAUUUUUCGCAGAGAAUUGUGCAUUUCUGCUCGUCUUAUAAGCUUAUUCGAUCUUACAAACUGGUAUAUCAUUAUUUCUUAACGUAUUGCUUUACAGGAAAAUAUCAUGAGUCACUCAGUGACGCAAAAUCAGCCACAGAAUUACAACCAACUUUCCUCAAAGCGAUCGUAAGAGGUAGGCUUUUUAUAAACAAGCGUUCUGUAUCGUGCUCCCGUUUUGACAAUGAGGACAUCGUCAGGAUAAGGUAUUAACAAAAACAACCUCGAUGUGGCUCCUUGAAACGUACAUCAAGCGGUGGUGCUCGCAAACUGGGGUCAUUGGGCAAGUAACACACUUAGCAAUUUAUCAAUAUGAAGGUAAAUUGACCCCCAUAGAAAGUUAUUGAGGCUGACGGUUUGAGCAUCAGCGCUUCGUCCGAGCAAACGGGUUUCCUCAGUAAGUUGCUACGGUGGUAAAUUUGUAAUUACUUUUGUCGAUUUCAAGUUGAUAGAUAACUAAAAAAUCCAAGAAAUGUUGCGCUGGGGGUUAAAUUUAGGUGACCUUCUUCUACUAAUGUUGACUCUUACUAAAAUAAGUCAUGUUUCAUAUUCAUUUUCUAACCUGACCGUCUGCGUAUCUGACGUGUAAUACGGUAUUUAAAGUAUCCUCGUUUGCAAUUAUGGAUCAUAGUCCUGUGAAUAGUGCCUGGUGCGUUUUAUGUGGUUUCUUUAAGUUAAGUUCAAGUUCAGAACAGAAUGCAAAAUCACACCCAAUUUCAGUACAAAAUGGAAAUAUUUUUUACCCAUUUUCAGCCCAAACUCUUGAAAUAGCAUAGGUAGGUGGUUUAAUUUAACAUACUUAUAUAACUCAUAUAGCACCACACGGAAUAUUUACAAGUUUAUUUACGAUUCUGUCGCUAGGAGCGAAUGCCUGUGUUCAGCUGAGUCGGUUUGAAGAAGCCAUCACGUGGUGCGACAAGGGACUAGCUGUAUCCUUUGAAAGAUAUCUGCACGAGUUCCCAAUGGCAUCACAGAUUUGAAUCUGAGUCCCAUUAAUGUUUCGCUAUUGUUUGGGUAACGCUUGUGAUAUGAUAAGCAUUACACUAUUUGUCAUUUCAUUAUCUAGCUUGUAAUUCGCCCUAUUAUAUGGCUAGCUCCAUAAGCGAGCAAGAUGCACCCACCACUCCUGUGCUGUCAAGCGGGUAAGAUGGGGCUAUCUUGCCUGCUAGGGACUACGCGCUGUGUCCCGGAAGAAAAAUUUCCCCGAAAGCCAUAUAAUAAAUCGUUCAUCGUCUAAGCUUCAUUAGUCAAAAUGGCUAGAUGUUGACCUCGUUCUUGUUUUCAGUGAUAGUUUAUGGACCGAGAGUCUCGGUCCAUAAACCAAAUCUGUGACCAGAUGUGUUUAAUAACACAUUUCUACGAAGGAACCAGGUUCAUGAUUAUGAUAGGAAGAGUGCCAGUUCUUUUCAUGUUCCUAAGUGCAGAACUAAUAUAAGACGUUUCUCGUUUCAACACCAAGGUGCCUUGUUUUUUAAUUCGCUUAGUCCAGACAUUGUAAGUUCAGUAAGUGUGUCAACUUUUAAGAAAAUCUGAAGAAACUACUUCUCACUUUGUUCCUUUCCCUCCACCCCCUUUUCGUUUCACUAUUAUUAUUCUGCCUUUGCCGCUCAGUUUAUCUAGUGGUUCAUCUGUAGUUAUUUAGUAUGGAAAGCCCACGAUGCAUAAGCCUCAUGGUUUCUUUGGGCUUUCCUGCCAUUUUUUUAACAUAUCUUUGUAAACUGAUAUUGUAUUAUAUCAAGGUGGCGAACAAAUAAAAAACACACACACACACAACAAGACACUGCCAAUAUCCAGCCAUCUUAAACUCACUAACCUCACGCUUGGUCUAUACCACAUAAAUGUUAAUUCAUUUUUCAUCUUGAAACACGUUUGAAGACACCUCUUCUUAAGAGUUCACAUCACAGUGGUUGAUGUCUGUACAUUAGCAUCAAGAAUAUUGAGCUUCUAGUUAAAGUUGAGUUUCUAUUUAAAGGUUUUCCAAAAGUAAUGUAAAUUCUAAUAGCAAAUAACUUAUCUGACUUGGAAAAUAAUUCGGCAACGUUUUCAGAAAAGACCUCAGGCUCUGAUAUGUAACACACUGUUAUACAUCUUAACUUAAAGAAGCUUGAUAAAAGUAACAAGACUUUGUUGGAAUUAAGGGCUAGGUCGGUCAAUGAGCAAAACGAAGUGAUCGAGCCUCUGACGGUGAAAGGCUUGGUAAGUUGAAACUCAAAUACAGUCAAACCUCCGGUUGCGAACACCUCUCAUAAGCGACGAGUUUUCCAAAAUACCGUGCAAAUGCUUCCUUGUCAAAUCACUAUAUGGAACCUCUUGUAAGCGACCACCUCUCUUAUCAGACCGCGACCCCUUCUAGAAAUAAAAGUUUGACAUUUUCUUUUGUUUUCAACCUCCCUUAAGCGGCACUUGACAGAUAAUAGAGAGGAAAUUGAAUAAUAACGUAUUGUAACAUCAUCAUAUUCCUGCGGGUAGGCGGAAAUUUCUCAAUGGGAAGAACCGUAUUUUUCUCACGAAAUUGACUUUUCACAUGAGUAAAACAUUGCAUCGGUAUUGGUGCAUGGAGUAACUCUUUGCAGUUACCAUAUUCUAAUGAGGCAAACGUUUGACCCAAUAUGCUGUAAACUCUCGUAAGAGACCACCUAGGCUUGACAUUACGGGAGAUUCGACUGUAUUUACGUCACUGAAGUGUCUGAUAGUAAUCGUUAAUAAAGCUGACUCCAUGUGAUUUCCCCAUGAAAUUGGGUGUUGCACAUAGGACAUUCUCGUCUUUGCUACAAAACCUUUCUUCUCAUAAAUUGCCCCUUAUUAUUCAGAGAUUUUCAUAAGAUAUGAGCACGCGAGAGUUGACAAAGAGGUUCUUUGCUUGAAAGUAGUUUAUUUAGGAAUGCUAAACUGAGAGGAAACGUUUACAGGGAUGAAGAUCCUGCAAAUCCAAGCUUACGAUAUAGCUGAGUAACAUUUACUGAAAGUUGAUUUAAUCCAGUGCGGUCGCCAGUCUCGAUCGGUUAAACUAUUAUAUGCCUCCAGCUAUAAUAAUGAAGUUGCUCACUCGGCUGUCAUAUUUACACAUAGUUACGAAACAUAUAAGCUUUAAAAAUAAUGAAGUUUUACUCGAUUACUAAAGUAAUUUCAUGCUUUAUGCGAAAGGAAGGAGCACUGCUACGACCAGCGGAGUUGUCCCCACUAAACCCUACAAAAUCUAAAACUCUCACAAGAGGUGAGCAAGAAAUAAACCGCUUCAAUCAAUGUCUCAUCAUUGCAAAACUUAUGGGCGACAGGGCUGAAGAAGGCCGUGUUUACAAUAAUCUUGGUAUAGUUUGGGGUAACCUUGGUGAUGUUCAGAAGGCCAUCGACUAUCACAACCUACAGCUUAAUAUUGCCAGAGAAUUGAAGGACAAGGCUGGAGAAGGACAUGCAUAUGGGAAUCUGGGCAACGAUUUUCUUGCACUCGGCGACUUAAAAAAAUCUGUAGAAUACCAUCUGCUAGAUCUUGCAAUUGCUGAAGAAGUGGAAAACACGAUCGGAAAAGGACGUGCAUACGGUAAUCUUGGCAUUUGUUUUCACAAUCGUGGUGACUUCAUCAAAGCAGAGCACUAUCACAAACUGCAUCUUAACAUUGCCAAAAAAAUGGGAGACAAAGCUGGGGAAGGGCGUGCGUAUGCUAAUCUUGGCUGUGCUUUACAGGCAAGAGGUAAUUUCACAAAAGCCAUAGAAUACCACAAUCGUGAUCUUAAAAUUGCAAAAGAACUGAGUGACAAAGCUGGGGAAGGAGCUGCGUAUGGCAAUCUUGGCCAUGCUUUUCACUGUCUCGGUGACUACAAGAGGGCAAUAGACAACAACAACUUACAUCUUGCAAUCGCCAAAGAAGUAGGAGACAAGGCUGGCGAAGGAAAAGCAUACGAUAACCUUGGCAAUGCUUUCCGAAGUCUGGGUGACUUUAAAAAAGCCAUACACUAUCACACCCUACGUCUCAAUAUUGCAAAAGCAAGCAGUGACAAGAUCGGACUAGGGCAUGCAUACGCCAAUCUAGGCAAUGCUUUUCGAAAUCUUGGGGAUUUUAAGAAAGCCAUAGACUAUUACAAACUUCAUCUUGAGAUUACCCAAGAAGUGGAAGAUAAGAUGGGCGAGGGCAGGGCGUACGGUAAUCUUGGCCAUGCUUUUUACAGCCUCGGGGACUUCAAAAAGGCCAGAGACUUUCACAGCUUGCAUCUUAAGUUCGCUGAGAGGGUGGGAGACAAGGCUGCAAAAGGAGGAGCCUAUGGGAAUCUUGGUAGUGUUUUUUUCAGUCUCGGCGACUACAAAAAAGCCAUUGAUUACCACAAGCUCCAUCUGAAAAUAGCAGGGGAAGUUGGAGACAAGGCUGGCCAAGGAACAGCGUAUGGCAACCUUGGCAAUGCUUUUCACAAUCUUGGUGAUGUGCAAAACGCCAUAGUCUACCACACCCUAUCUCUUAGUAUCGCCAAAGAAGUUGGAGACAAGGCUGGAGAGGGCGUUUCGUAUGGAAAUCUUGGCCUUGCUUUUGGCAAGCUCGGUGAUUACAAUAAAGCCAUUGACUACUAUAAGCUGGACCUUGAAAUUGCCAAGGAAGUAGAGGACAAAGCCAGGGAAGCACUUGCUUAUGAUGGGCUGGGCGUCAGCUUUGAAUCACUUGGUCGUCUACCUGAAGCCUUAGAAUAUUACCAGUCUAGUGUAAGAUCAUUCAAUCAUGUGAGAAGCCUUCUUAAAUCCAAAGAUGAAUGGAAAAUUGGAUUUCGAGAUGUAUUUAACAAAUCUUACAAAGCUUUAUGGAGGGUUCUGUUGAAACAAGACAAGAUUACUGAAGCUUUGUUUGCUGCUGAGAAAGGAAGAGCGCAAGCUCUUACUGAUCUUAUGGAGUCUCAAUUUGGAAUACAAGCAAAUCAGGGUGAGUCAAGUACAGAAACCGAAAAACAUGAACUUGAUAUGUCACAGUACGGUUCAUCUUGCAGUGUCUUUCAGGCUCUCGACAAAAAAAGGAUCAAUCUCUGGGUUCUUUUGAAAGGGAAACCUGUAUGUUUGAGACAAAAGGAGAUUGCCCAUGGAUUGCAAGAUACCGCCGCCUAUUUCAGGUCUAUAGUGCAAAAAUCCUAUAAACAAGUUGGUGUUCGUUCUGAGGCGAGAUGCGAGGAUCGAUCUUUAGAUGCAUUGAGGAAAUAUGAUCACACGGAAGAUGUGAAGUUUGAAGAUGAAAGCUCCCAGCCUUCCAUCCCACUUGAGUCUCUUUUGAACACUUUGUAGAACAACAUAAUUGAGCCAGUUGCUGACCUGGUUCAAGGCAAUGAGCUUAUCAUUGUCCCAGAUGGACCCUUGUGGCUGGCUCCGUACGCUGCGCUUAUGGACGCUGAUUCCAAAUACCUGUGUGACUCUUUUAGAAUCCGGGUAGUUCCAUCCUUGACAAGCUUAAAGCUGAUUGCUGAUUGCUCUAAGGAAUACCACAGUAGAAGUGGAUCACUACUUGUGGGAGAUCCAUGGGUUGAAGAAGUUACCAAUAGCAAGGGAGAAAGAAUCCUAGAUCCGCUUCCGUUUGCCAGAAAAGAAGUGGAAAUGAUCGGACGGAUUCUCAACGUAACACCUAUAACUGGGAAACAAGCAACGAAACGUGAGGUGUUGAAAGAACUCAGUUCUGUCGCUUUGGUUCACUUUGCAACACAUGGUCGCAUGGAAACUGGUGAAAUUGCUCUAACCCCGGACCCAAAGCGAAGAUCUCGGAUCCCUACGAAAGAAGACUACAUUUUGACAAUAGCCGAUGUGCUGAAUGUUAAACUACGAGCAAGAUUGGUUGUUCUCAGCUGUUGCCACAGUGGUCGAGGAGAGAUCAAGGAUGAAGGUGUGGUCGGUAUUGCACGUGCCUUUAUGGGUGCUGGUGCUCGUUCUGCUCUGGUCUCACUCUGGGCGAUUGAUGACGAGGCCACGUUGAAAUUUAUGGAAAGUUUCUACCAUCACCUUAUUGAAGGGAGACGUGCAAGUGAGUCCCUAAACCUGGCCAUGAAAAACCUUAGAGAAUCAGACAAGUACAGUGAUGUGAAAUACUGGACGCCUUUUGUGCUGAUUGGAGAUGACGUCACCCUGUACUUUGAUCAGAAGAAAUGA